CUUGUGAAAUGAAACCUUCACAUUUGUUUCUGAGCUAGACUGAGUAAAGGGGAUUUAAAGGAACUAUAAAGCUUUUAUUAAGUCGAUUUUUAGCUCUUUUUAUGCUCGUUUAAUCUGCCUUUUUUUUGGUAUUAGCCUAUUCCAGUGCCUAUUUUCCUCACAGCAUGGAACAUGAAGAAGAGCCAGGCGAUUAUUGGCAGGACGAGACAUCAGUCAAUGGGAAACAUUAUGAGUGGCAGCUGUCAAAUGGACAUCAGUGGCUGCCAGUUGACAACGACCAUGUGAUCGAGACCCACUACUGCCAACCUGGAGCUAAAGGAAUCACCCUCAACUUCAGUCAGUGGCAGGUGUUCAUAGACUUUGAUAAGUUACAGACUCUGACUGCAGAUCUGAAGGUGCAAAGGUUAAUCCUUCUUCCUCAGGGCCAGACAGAGGACAUAGGCUGGUACUUCAGAGAUGACCAGCUGUGGCGUGAAUAUGGAUCCCAGAGCUCCAGCAUGUCGUCCUCCUCAAUCAGCAGUGGAGAAAUUGAGCGCCAGUUCACUCUAAACCCUCGGGGGACCUUCAGGUUCACAGUGGGCUCGACGGGCUACUCGCUCGACUUCUCAACCAUGACCCAAACAAACUGCAUCACAGGGCUGCGCAGGAAUGUGAGAAGGCGUCCGAAAUUCACUUCCAACGCAGAGAGCCUUUACUCCACCUCAGCUUCCUCCUCCCAGCUCACUGAUGGAGGCUACAAGUGGGAGUUCAUGGGAGACGAGGGGAACUGGACAGAAUACAAAGCACAUGUAUGUUCAUUUGACAGCACUGCCAUUGAGAGUCAAUACCAGCUGAAUCCACAGGGACAACUACACUUCAAGAUCAAGAGAUAUUCAUACACGCUGGAUUUUUCAAACAUGUGUCAAGUCAAUGACAACAUCGGGACUACGAGAGGCGUGAGGAGGACUACUGACAAUGGGAGUCAACAGAACAGCAGUUCCGGCACACUGCCACGAUGGCAGUUCCAAGAUAUCGGUGGAAAAUGGAAAGAUUAUUUCAAAGGAAGCAAAGGAAGCAGCAUUUCCAGUCAGGACAUCGAGCUCAAGUACCAACAGAACCCAUCAGGAACCAUCACGUUUACCACCAAGAACUUUAGCUAUGAGCUCAACUUCUCAGCCAUGACUCAGAGGAACGUGUCCACAAACACCAUCAGAUCAGUGCGACGACUUAACCAGUGACUGUGGGACGACAACAGAUUUGGAGGUCGGAGGUUAACUUAAUGUUGAUCCUCAUAGUUACGUCACUGCCUGCCUCAGGUUGUCUCUCAUAUUGGAAUGAUUUAAUACUGUUUUUCAACAAGCUGCCUCGUUUAUUUGCUAAUAGGAUGAUUAUACUAUACCUUUUGUGCCAAAGUGUGUUUUCCUGUCCAUGGUUGGAUUUAGGGUUUGGGUUCGUUUAAAGUUAGGCAUCAUAAAUUAAUAGCGUAAGGUUGAGUGGAGAUUAAAGGGCAACUCCACCGAUUUUACACAUCACAGUCGGUUUACAGGUCUUGAGGAGUACUAUUUCAUGUGUGAAAACAUUUGUGUAAGGCCUUUUGUGGUUCCAGAGGGAACUGAAAUUUGAUAAAUUGCCUCAAGUGAUGUCACAUGAGUCAGUGUUGGUUGGAGACUACAAGUUUGAAAUUGAAAAUAAAAAAUCUAGGGGUGCGGAGUUAGAAAGAAUUGAGCUUACCAAACCUCUGUAGUCCACUGCUCAUCUCUGAUUCAGGCUAGCGGCUUGAGGCUACAUUAGCCGCUACCAGCAUAACACACCCAAGGAGGGUCCAAACAGGAGAUGCCAUGCGUCGUAUCAUUGGCGUACAACACAUGCGCAGAAAAAUCUGGUCUGCACUCACCGGAAUUGAGCAACGUACAACCGCAGCUCCAGUUACACUGCAUGUGUCAUACCACAUAGCUCAAGACCGUGUCUCAGCCUCUUUCAAUAAGCCAGGAACACCCAAAUCUCAGACCAAAUUGUCAGCAGUCGAGUUGCAUUGUGGGUAAUGUAGGCACUAGGUUUUGACAGAGAAGAGUGCAUGGAAUAAAAAAAAAAAGACGACAUCUCUGGUUCUGCUGCAUCAAUUUUAAUCCUUUUUGUUUUAAACUGUCCAUCACUUGUCCGACAGUGUUAUUAUAGCAGUAGUACUUUUUUUAAGGUAAGGGAAAGCACAAAUUGAUGGGGAAACACACUCGACACCUCUUUUAAACUAAAACCAAACGGGUGUUUACCAAUGUUUCAUAUAACUGCCUAUUUUUUGUGCAUCUUAAAAUGUUAAUGCUUCAUAAAUACUGCCUUGUAAUUGGAGCACUUUUUAAAAAGAAUGUGAUGUUUACCUUUUGACAAGAUACCUCUCUUAACCUAAAACCAAAGGCAAGUUAACUUUGAUGUUUCAUUUAAACAUGGAAAUCUUAAAUGUUCAUUAACACUGCCAUGUAAUCAGUGCACUUUUUCUAAAUUAAAGUUGCAUACACCCCA